AUGUUCAACGAUGGUUGGAAUGAGUCAGAGACUGUCUAUACGAAAGGCUUUGCGGAGAUCCCAAUGGACUUGUGGGAUUUGGACGCAAUGUUAAUCCUGAUGAAUAUCGUCCACGGCUGUGCGCUAGAGGUUCCCCGAAAAGUCGAGCUCAGCACUCUGACCCAUAUCGCCGAGAUCGCCAAUUUCUAUUCCUGCCAGAGGCCAGUGCAUGUCAUGAUGAAUAAUUGGAUUGACUGUCUGUCGCCCCGGGAAGAAAUUCCCGUCGGAGACGCUGUAAAUUGGAUAUUUAUUGCAAGGGUCUUCCGGGAGCCAGAUCUCUUCUAUGCUGCUACGAAGGUCGCUCUCACGGAGAGCCAGGGCAGAAUCUACUCUAGCUUGCCCAUGCCUUCUAUAAUCAUCAGCACGUACUAUCUUUCUUUCUACAGCCUGGAAUCUCAAAUAACUCGGAGUGCAGAUCAACUCAACAUCCGCUGUGAAAAAAAAUUGAGACAAUUGAUAUCCGAAAUCAAGGACUUGUAUGAUACACUGACUGCUGAAGAGAAUAAUUGCUGCUCUGAAUGCAUCUCGCUGCAACUCGGUGCACUGAUCAAGGGCUUGAAGAUCGCCGGUCUCGAGUUUCCUUUCCCUGAUGAGCCAUAUGAAGGGUUCAGUCUUGAAUUCGUGGACGGUCUUCUACGGAGAUCGAAAGCACACAGGGAAAUGGCACCAUCUGGGAUCGUAGCAGAAAACGUAAAAUACGGCAUGACUGUGAUCUGUUGA